AUGCCCUCCAUUGGGAAGGUUGCCACUCAGUUUCCUGGAGUGGAUAGAACUACCCUAUGGUGCCAUCUCAAGCAUUCCCAGGAUUCCAAACCUAUUUCAGCAGCUAAACGUGGUCUUCUGACACCUAUGGAAUCUCAGGAACUUGUGGACUUCAUUAAAGAAAUGGGUGAUCGGGGGUUUCCACUCACAUACAAAAAAAUCACUGAAUAUGGGCUUGCAAUUUGCAUUGGCCAUAACUGGGCACAGCAGUUUGUUCAAAGGUUUGAAGAUCAAAUUGGUGCAAAAACUUGUGCACUUCUUGAGAAAACCCGUGCAUCAGCAUUAAAUCCUGAAAAUGUGCGACACCACUUUGAUCUUCUUUCCAAGACAAUCCAGAGCUAUGGGAUCCACCCAAGAAAUAUCUACAACUGUGAUGAGACUGGAUGUCCCUUGAAUGUCCCACUUUGA